GGUUCCCGGCAGCGGCCGCCACAGAAGAAGAAGACAGUGUCCUUCAGCACCAUGCCCAACGACCGCAAGAUCAACAGCACGGCCGCCUGCAUCUCCUUCAUGCUGGAGGGCUGCGAGCUGAAGAAGGUGCGUUCCAACUCCCGCAUGUACAGCCGCUUCUUUGUGCUGGACACCGACAUGCGCUCCGUGCGCUGGGAGCCCUCCAAGAAGGACUCGGAGAAGGCCAAGAUCGAGAUCAAGUCAGUCAAAGAGGUGCGUGUGGGCAAGAAGACGCCCGUCCUGCGCAGCAAUGGCCUCUCUGACCAGUUCCCAGACGAGUGUGCCUUCUCCAUCAUCUAUGGAGACAACUAUGAGUCCCUGGACCUGGUGGCCAGCUCAGCCGAUGUGGUGAGUGCCUGGGUGAUGGGGCUCCGGUACCUGGUGUCCUACGGGAAGCACACCCCCGAGGCGCCCGGGACCAGCCACCCCAGCCUCCGGACCUCCUGGAUCUCCUCUGUCUUUGACCUUGCUGACCUGGAGAAGUCUGGCCGCAUCCCUGUGUCCCGGGCUGUGCAGCUGAUCAAAGCACUCAACCCAGGCAUGAAGACCUCCACCAUUGAGCUGAAGUUCAAGGAGCUGCAGAAGGUCAGCGAGCGUCCCGGUGCGGAGGUGGCCUGCGACCUCUUCGUGGAGGCGUACUGUGAGCUCUGCACCCGCCCCGAGAUCUUCUUCCUGCUGGUGCAGUUCUCCAGCAACAAGGAGUACCUGGGUCUGAAGGACUUGCUGAUGUUCCUGGAGGUGGAGCAGGGCAUGGAGGGGGUGACGGAGGAGAAGUGCUUGGAGAUCGUCAGCAAGUACGAGCCCUCCAAGGAGGGCCGGGAGAAGGGCUACCUGGCCAUCGAUGGCUUCACGCGCUACUUGGGCGAGCCCGUGGUCUACACCAGCCCUUCAGCCGCCUCCUGCGUGCCCUUCCGCGCCGUGGUGGGGCUGAUCGACCAGCACGCCUUCACCGCCUCCGCCUACCCCCUCAUCCUCUGCCUGGUGGUGCGGUGCUCAGCAGCCCAGCAGCGCCUUGCUGCGCAGUGCCUGCGCAAGACGCUGGGGGACACGCUGCACCUGGUGCCCCCCCAC